CCCCGCCGUUAGCUCUCAGCGGCCCGUUCCGUAACCAACGGUCGCAUCAACAGUUUCCUAAAGCUACUCCAUUACGAUAUCACCAAUAAGAUCGUAUAGACAAUGUAACGAUGCUCAGAUAAUACCGAUCCACGAUAUCGAAACGAUGGAAGAAGAGGGCGGCACAGCAGGAUUGCCCACUACUGCUGUACCAAGCAUUGCUGUGUCCGCCAACCAAAGCCUCAUAUCAUUCCAACAAUGUCUUCAAGCAGCCGCCAACAUUCACCCACGCGAACUCUCCCUAGUAGAUGAUCAGCUGGCUAGAUUCUCUACUUGGGCUACCAGUAUUGGCGUCUUUGGCUCUGGGCGAGCAUCAAUGGAUCACCGCCUCCGCUACACGCCAGACGUAUCCAAGGUGGUCACCGGCCUGCUGGAUGGGCUGAACUACCGCAUUCGUUCCUGUAUGUCUUACUAGCCAUUCGAUCAACAUGGGAAAAACAAGAAGAAAAAGUUCUAGGCGGUUUCUUCCAAGUUAUUUUAUACUUCUGUGUUCUACUUACCGACUGAGUAAAGGCACGAGUGUGUUAGAAACCGUCGCAACAAUCCCUGUGUACGAAGCAAACACACAGGUACAACAGUCCCUCUCCAACAUUGCUACCGAAAUCAGCCAUCUCAACAAGCUGACCAAUACCAUUCGAAGGGCAGGAAAUGACACGCAAAAUCUCCGAGCCAACAACUUUCGAAUGCUCGAUGACGAGGGCAACGAUGUUGAGCCUACACUUCUCGCUAACUUUGAAUAUUACAUCGCCAAUCGGUUUCGUGGUUGUAGUGAAACUAUCCAAAAGCGACUUGCUAGUGCAAUGCUGCUUCGGCGAAAAAGAGUACUCUAUAGACGGCAGCGUCAAGGGGCUGCCGCUAUCAAACCUCUAGAGACAGUUGCCCAAGCACCAGUUACUCUACCAUCCGCCCAAAUGGCCUUAGACAAGAAACGAUCGGGUCGACGAAAUAUUGGCGCAGAAGGUACUGUUGUGCAAUCUCAAGUCAUGAGUGCUACUACUUUGGUACCGGCAAAGUUCAAAAUGGCGGCUCUAAAUCCGUCUGUUAUUUCGGCAAGCAAAACGGUGGCACUAGGAAGCCAUGAAUCCCUUGCAUUUCCUAUAGCACCUGGCUAUGCAAUUAAACAAAAAUAUAACGCCACUAAAAAAAGCCUCCUGGAAGACUACCGUCAUGCCGUUGAGCUUGGGAAACCAAAGCUGGAAGCGAACGCCGCACUGAAUGAGUCAUUGCGAGCCGUCUUACAGGAUAUAGGCGAAAUCCCAUGUCCAUAUUGCUUCUAUGCGCUUCCAGCGGAGGAGGUGUUAAAUGAACAGAGUUGGCACCGACAUGUCAAAAAUGACUUGGAUCCAUACAUUUGUCUAUUUGAGGACUGUCCUCACCCCGAUACACUGUAUAGUCACAGCGAAGAGUGGCGCGAUCACUUACAAGAACAUGCCAAAGUCUGGCGGUGCCUUUCUCAUCCGGAACUGGGGGCUUUUUCCACUGGCGACGAGUUUAUUCAACAUAUCCGAGCCGUCCACAACAGCAAUCUAAGCGAUGCUCAGCUCCGUAUUCUGGCAAAUAGAAACGGCAGGAAGAAACAAAAUCUGUUCUCCUCUUGCCCUCUUUGUGGACAGGAUGCCAACGAAAUUGACGGUGAUUUGGAGCAUCACAUUACGGGACACCUGCGAUCUCUGGCUCUCAAAUCUCUUCCAACAUAUCAAGAGGCAAUUGAAGAUAUGGAAAUCGAUGAAAAUAGUCACACGGUAUCGCAACCUUUGAGUAGAAGCACUCUUAGAGAUGCGGAAUUCUCCAAUGAGAGCAGCUACAAUGCAGCCAAGUCCGACAUUGUUAUGGAGGGCACGCAAGAUGACUAUGGUGAUGAUGGUGACGAUGGUGAUGACGAGCAAGCAUUUGACGCAUUUCAAAAAGCCGAAAGCUCCAGCAGUAGCACUAGUACAGGUGCCGUGUAUACAACAGCCGAUGGAGAAACAGAAGAAAUGGAUUAUACCAACUCGAUGGCAUAUAGAUAUAUCCAAAACACCCUAGCUAAGCAUAGGGACAGCCAGUCAACUAGUCACAAACAAGCGCAUCAGCCCUCGCAGCCAUCACAACAGCCACCAAAUCUACCAUCAAGUUACUGGAGUGUAUCUGAGAGUAACGGUUUUCCCCAUCUUCUCCGAAGAUUUGGAUCAGACUGGCCUGGUAUUGCCACCUAUUUGGGUACCAAGACUGCAACCAUGGUCAAAAACUAUUAUAUGCGAGGGAAAGAUAGUGACCAUCCGGAAUGGUCUACCUUUGUUGACAUAGCCGACGGAAGAAAGCGAGAAGCAGGGUUGUUAGCUUCAGACAGUCAUAUCGCCCCUGGAGAAGCAGAUAACAUAGCAAAUGCACGUCUGCAAAUCUCAGCAAGCGCAAAUGCGGCAUCAGAUAUUGUCUCUUUUGAUAAUAUGAUGACUGCCAUAACUCCUGAGCAAGCAGGGCGCCUCAAUUCCAUGCCACCAGACAAAAUUAAAGAAGCACUUCGCAGAUGGCAACGCAUGCGACAAGCACAACCCGAUGAAAGAUUUAAGCUCAGUAAUAACCCCGUCAGCAAAAUACCCGGAUCUCUUGGUGGCGACGAGAGCCAUGAAGAAUCAAUACAAGAAUUUCACAACCGUUGGCUGAAAGCUCAGGUUGACCCCGAACCGGUGUCGUACUCAGACUCGGACAAGUAUUAUGAGACUAAUAGCGAUACGGAUUCUGAGGAACACGACGAUACCAUGGCAUCAAACAAACGGCGAGUAGUAGAACAGGCAUCAGAGCAAGCAGAAGAUGAUACCACUACUAGCACCAGCCAACCCAGAGGUGCCAAUGCAUCGGAGACACUUCGCAUGAGAGAUCUGGCGAACGAGGAAAGCGACGCAGAAGAGGAAGGGGGCAAGAUCAAGUGCCCUUGUAAUCGUCCUGACGAUGAUGGCGACAUAAUUUACUGUGAGACUUGUGAUACAUGGCAGCACAUAGAGUGCUUCUAUCCAGACAAUCAAGAAGAGGCUACUAGGGAAGACUUUGCACACUCCUGCCACGACUGUAAACCGCGUCCUUUGGACCGACAGCGAGCACUCAGGCGACGGACUAAAGGUAAAGGAAAAGCUUUGGAAGCUCAAAAGUCUCAAAAGCGGCAACGAAAAGACAGUCCAAGCUCAGAAUGGCAAGAAAUAAUAGUGGCCAGCAAACAAUCAAUGGCACAGUCGGGAGGAGACACGUACCGCCACUGGGUUCGUGAUCAGGAUCUUGUCGCACCUCUUUGGGAGCCUAGUCUGGGUGAGGUACAGACUGCGGAUUCCGCGCGUCGUGAACUGAGUGCAUCUGAAAAACGCCAAGCGCAGCAAGUUAUCUACCAAUCCAUGGCUCGAUAUACCUCUCCCCCCCAUCCCACAUCAUGGCAGUCUACAAUUACUGUACGUGAGCGCAUGAGCGCAAUCAUAGAUCUUAUUGAACUAGGCGGUGCCCGCCCAAGCAGCACAGAUGAGUUAGACAAGCUUGUCAAGAGAAUAUGCGAAUUUGAGUUGCAGAGUUUUACUGAUGCCUCAACUAAGGACGACUACAGGUUGGCGCUAGCGAGGGAAAUAAUGCAUAUGAGAGCAAACGCAACAAGCUGAAGCUAGUUUAACUGAUAACCCGCUCGUCGUCGCAAUAUUCUUUUUUAAAUAUUUAUAAAAUUUGAGGCGGGCGGUCCGUUCGUGGUAACUAUGUUUUACACCGGAACUGUAUAUUUGCAAUAGGAAUAGGGACGGCCUUUUCGUUUACUCCGACUUCUCUUGUUCUAAUAGGCUAACGAUUUCCUGGUAUCCGUGCUCUUGAGCUACCAGCAAGGCUGUUCUGCCUUUGUCAUCCUCAAUCUUAGUAUCGGCUUUAAAAUCAUGUAAAAGAACCCUGACCACGUCUGUUUGCCCCUUUGCAAUAGCUAGAUGCAAUACGGUGCCACUAAUAAUAGGUUCAUCCCCAUUGUUAUCGCCUUCAUAACUAUAUGUAGCAUCUUUUUGGAUAAUAUUAAUAUCCAUUCCGCCUUUCUCAAUCAGGAGCUUUAAAAUAUCCAUCCUGCCCGCGUCUAGUGCAAUAGCUAACGCAUUCGACUCCUUGAUACUCGCCCCAUAAUCCACAAGUAGAUUCACAAUUUCCGAACAUGCAGAAUGAAUAGCGAAAUUGGCAGCUGGUCUGUGCAUCAACUGAGCAUCGUUGGGGUUUGCUCCAGCCUCGAGUAGGAAGCGCAGCAAAGGGACAUUUCCACCCAGAACUACAAGCCCUAGCGCAUUUCCUGUAUGGCCCAAGUACGCUGUGCUGACAGAAGGAUCGGCUGCCCAGAAAAGCUUGAAAUGUUCUAGUCGUUGAGUAGCCUGCAUUAUAACCUUGUAGUCGGUGUACCACGGCGGCGAUGGCUUGUCGUCUCUAAAGUUGGUGAUGAGAUAUUCCAGAACAGGGCAGUUAUUUCCGUCCAUUGCAGCCAUGAAUAGUUCCGGAGGUUGGUAGUUACCCAUCUGAAGAGUCAACUGAUGAGAUACAUCAUCAAUAGUACCGCUCUUGCAGGCCUUGCGAAGGCGGGAAGCUGGGUUUGGCAUCACUCUGGUGAAGAGUGCGGUGAGAAGGGAACCCAUUACGCAAGGAAUGAAGUUGGGUUAACACUGUGAUAAAAUACAAAUGAAUGAUAGAGCGCAAAACUUGAGGCUCGGUGC